UCAACUAGAGAAAAGAGUUAGCAUAUUAGAGGAAGAUGCAGUACACAGACACAUGGAUGAAAUGGAAGAAGACAUGAAAUCCAUCUUGAACUUUACAAUUUCUACAACAGAACAACUAACCGAGACAGAAGAUAUUAAAACAACUUAA